UUCAGGAGCAGCAGCUGAAGGCAGCGACAGAAGGCGACGACUCCACAGCUCGACCGGCUGCUUCUCUCAGCUCGACAAGAUGCGAAGUUUGUUCUCAGUGACGCUGCUCCUGGUCCUGGUCCUGACUCUCACCACUGAGGCCAGCAAAAGAGCCAAAAACCACAAAGGUGGUAAACAUGAUAAGUCCAGGCCGGCGUCAGAGUGCUCCACCACAGAGACUCAGUACGGGAAGUGUGUUCCAGAACACGGAGACUGCGGAGACGGACUGAGAGACGCCACCUGCAAAGACCGCACGGACAAGAUCCACUGCAAGAUCCCCUGCAACUGGAAGAAGGACAUCAGUGACUGUAAGUAUAAAUUCGGACCAUGGGGAUCCUGCGACGCCACCACCAACACCAAGAGUCGGUCGGGAACGCUGAAGAGAGUGCUGUUCAACGCCGAGUGCCAAACUACCGUCAAAGUGUCCAAACCCUGCUCCCCCAAGGUGAAGAAGACCAGAGGGGAGAAAAAGUCAAACUAAAGGAUGAAAGAUGCAGAAGACUGAAAGAUUUCUCCUCCUCCAGCUGAACAAUCGUCUUCCCUCCUUCAUCAAAGUCAAAAACCGAGAGACUCCUCCGACACACACCAACCACCUUCCACCUUCGGCCUCCUUUGCCUUUUACUCUUGUUUUACAGAUUUUCUGAUUUGAUGUUUUUUGUGUUUCUGUGGAUUAAAUGUGGAAGCUUUUCCCCAGUUUUAGCUAAUGAUGGUAAUUCUGUCCUCAUAGGUGAUAGUUGGUUUUAACAGUUAGUCCUAAAAGCUGUAGCUCAAAUUCAGUUAACAUCCCAGUGAUGUUCUGAGCUGCUCUGAAACCUGAACCUGACGCUCUGAUCAGGUUUUGGUUUUCGAUAUGUUUGGAAUCAUCACCUUUAAAAUAUGUAAAAAACAUAGAAGGCUUUGAUGAGUCUGUAACGACAAAAUCUUCUAUAAAAUCUAUUUUUUGAAAUAUAGAAUAUUGAGGCUGCAAGAUGAGACUUGUAUAAAUUAAGAAAUUAAAUACUGUACAUUG